AACGUCUCUCAAAGUCUUCAUCAUUCUGUUGCACAAGUUGAUAAGCUUUAUUUUAACAUUAAUCUUUCUUCACCAAUCACCCUCCUCCAAUGAGCAUAGCACCUUCUAGUUCAGGCACAAUGAAACCCCCUAGAGGAAGGCCACUUCUUCCCAUUAUUAUUGCCAUUGUCUGUGCUUUUGCCAUCUUAGUUCUCCUCUACACAGAAACAAUUACUUUUCUUUCUCCCACAUCCAUUUUCAAGAUCAAAUCCUGUUCCAGAAAAAACACUGCCAUAAAAUCCAAAGAUAAAACUGCAGAGAAUAAUGUGGAUGAGUCCCUUGUAGAUGAUAGAUUUCAGUUCGACCCUGAAGAGUGCAAUGUUGCUAAUGGAAAGUGGGUGUUUAACCGUUCAAUUAAACCCUUCUACUCAGAUAUAAGUUGCCCAUAUCUGGAUAGGCAAGUUUCUUGUGUCAAGAAUGGAAGGCUGGAUUCUGAUUAUCGGCACUGGGAAUGGCAGCCAGAAGAUUGUACUUUGCCUAGAUUCAAUCAAGAACUUGCUCUUAAGAAACUGCGAGACAAGAGGCUACUGUUUGUAGGAGAUUCACUACAACGAGGCCAAUGGCAAUCCUUAGUCUGUAUGGUCGAAUCCAUCAUACCUGAGGACAAGAAGUCCAUGAAACCGGGCCGUUCUCAUUCAGUCUUCAAAGCCAAGGAAUAUAAUGCUACUAUUGAAUUCUAUUGGGCCCCAUUUCUUGUGGAGUCCAAUUCCGAUGAACGUAUUAUAGGAGAUCCAAAGCAGAGAAUACUAAAAGUGGAUUCUGUUUCCAAACAUGCAAAACACUGGUUAGGAGUGGAUAUCCUUGUGUUCAAUACUUAUGUUUGGUGGAUGAGUGGUCUUAGAAUUAAAUCACUAUGGGGAUCAUUUUCAAAUGGGGAGGAAGGGUAUGAAGAGUUGGAUGCACCAGUUGCUUACAGAAUUGGUUUGAAGACCUGGGCCAAUUGGGUUGACUCCACUGUUAAUCCCAACAAGACUCGUGUCUUCUUCACUACCAUGUCCCCAACUCACACAAGAAGCGAAGACUGGAACCGCAAGGGUGGACUUAAAUGUUUCAACGAGACAAAGCCAGUCAUGAAAAAGAAACAUUGGGGAACCGGUUCCGACAAGCGGAUAAUGAGUGUGGUAAACAGUGUGGUGGGAAAAAUGAAAGUCCCAGUUACAUUCCUCAACGUAACACAAAUUUCUGAGUACAGAAUCGAUGCUCACUCAUCAAUUUACACAGAGACUGGAGGUAGAUUGUUAAAUAAAGAAGAGAGAGCUGACCCAAUGCACCAUGCAGAUUGCAUUCAUUGGUGUUUGCCUGGAGUCCCAGACACAUGGAAUCAAAUAUUUUUGGCACAUUUGUAGCAGCAUGGAUUCAAAAAAAUGGACAAAGAUCCAUGUGGUUUAUGUCGCAAAACAAGGCAUCAAUUCUAGCUUUGCCUUCUUCUUGAUGUCCUGAUUGUUUGGUUUCAUCCUUACAUUUGAAUUGUAUAGCAAAGCAUUUUCAGUGUGAACCAUUUUAUUUUGGUAUUAUAAAAAAUUUCCAUUCGUUCA